CCUCCCAACAGCUCAUUCACUGACUCCACUUCACCAGGUGAUGACGGGCGGACGCGCGGCAGUGAAAAUGAUGUGUUUUUAAAAGUCGCAAUUCACGUAGAAUGGAGAUGCGCCUCGGUCACUGGCUUUUGAUCAUUUAUUAUGAGUGGAUCUGGCUCUUCACCCUAACUUCCAUCCUGGACGGAACAAACGCGGAGGUAAGGUGCAUUCCGUCCUGCCAGCUGCCGCUCACAGCAGCAGCAUCACUUCCCUGGGAACUCUCUACGCUGGAUUUGGCUCAUUUUGGCGACGCACCAGAGGAACAGUUCGCUGGAUCUAACGAGGACCUCCCGUGCCCCAAACCCUGCCCCGCCGGCGCCGACGACAAGCACAGCGUUGCGGAAUUUACGAGCGAAGAAAGUUCGUCCCAAGUGCAUGCGCUGUUGCGGGGAAACGGAACAAGUGUCCGCCUGGAGGACGCAGUAAAAGACAAACUUUCCAACUCGGAAGAGUUUUUUCACGCGCCUGAAAAUGAGCCAGAGAAGAACAGCGGUCACGCACGAAGCUCCCACGGAGAAAAUGUGGAGCACGAGGAGGCAAGCGAGGACACGGAUGUGGCCAGUUGGAGACGAACGCGCAGGAGCGCAGAGACUUGGCCCGGGUUUAGAGAAGAGGGCGAGGAUGAGGUUUCCUUCUCGGACCCGGAGGAGUUUCAGCUUACAAGUUCUACGUUUGCUCUGAGCGGAGACACGGCUCACAACCAGGCGAUGGUGCACUGGUCCGGACAGAACAGCAGCGUGAUUCUCAUGUUGACGAAAUACUAUGACUUCAACACUGGAAGAGUCACAGAGAGCUCUUUGUGGAGGUCAACCGAUUACGGGACCACGUACGAGAAGCUUAACGAGAAAGUCGGGCCGAAAACCGUCCUGAGCUACUUGUACGUGAGUCCAAACAACAAGAGGAAGAUCAUGCUGCUGACCGACCCGGAGGUGGAGAGCAGCCUGCUCAUUAGCCUCGACGAGGGGGCGUCCUAUCAGAAACACAGCUUAGCCUUUGAUAUCCUCAGCCUGCUUUUCCACCCCGAGCAGGAGGACUGGAUCUUGGCUUACAGCCACGACCAAAAGCUCUAUGUCUCGGUUGAGUUUGGGAGAAGGUGGCAGCUUGUGCACGAUGGCGUCGUCCCCAACAGAUUCUACUGGUCCAGACUGGGCUUAGACAAAGAGCAGGGGAUGAUUCACCUGGAGAUCAGCGUCUCUGACGGACGGUCACAGUACAUAACGUGCAAACUUCAGAACUGCUCCGACGGAAACAAGGGCAAACCUUUCCCAGGAUUUAUCAUCCCCAACUCCCUGGUGGUUCAGGACGAGUACGUUUUCAUCCAGGUGCCAGUCAGCGGCCAGUCCGUCCAUUACGUGUCCUACAGGAGAAAUGCUUUCUACCCGAUGAAGCUUCCCAAGUACACUCUGCCAAAGGACUUGCAGAUAAUCAGCACCGACGAUAACCAGGUGGUGGCAGCGAUUCAGGACCAGCACCAGAACGACUCCUACAACCUGUACAUGUCCGAGUCCAGAGGACUUCUCUUCACCCUGAUGCUGGAGGACGUCGUGAGCAGUCGAGGGCCUGAGGGAAACAUCAUGAUCGACCUGUACGAGGUUGCUGGGAUUAAAGGGGUGUUCCUGUCAAAUAAAGUUGUCGAGAACCAAGUGAAAACUUAUAUCACCUACAACAAGGGGAGAGACUGGCGUCUUCUUCAGGCUCCUACAACCGAUCUCCAGGGAAACGCGGUUUAUUGUGAGCAGCCGCUCUGUUCGUUACAUCUGCACCUUCAUGUGUCGGAGAAUCCUUACACGUCGGGAAACAUUGUCAGCAAAGACUCAGCGCCGGGAAUUAUAAUAGCAUCAGGUGUCGUUGGACCUGAGCUCACCAGCAAUAAUGUCAGUAUUUUCAUCACAUCUGACGCUGGAAACACCUGGAGAGAGGUUUUUCAGGAGGAGUACAGCGUGUUCUUCUUGAAUCAAGGUGGAUCUCUGGUGGCCAUCCGACACACACCUCUGCCAAUUAGACACAUUUGGCUGAGUUUUGAUGAGGGCAGAAACUGGGACAAAUAUAGCUUCACCUCCUCUCCACUCUAUGUGGAUGGCGUCCUGGGGGAGCCUGGAGAGGACACCCUCAUCAUGACAAUAUUCGGUCACUUCAGUCAUCGCUCCGAGUGGCAACUCGUCAAAAUCGACUUCCGGUCCAUUUUUCAACACCGCUGCACAUCGGACGAUUAUCAGUCCUGGCAGCUGCACAAUGAGGGCGAAGUGUGCAUCAUGGGAAUGAAGAGAAUCUUCCAGAAACUUAAAACAAACGUUCGAUGUGUCAAGGCCAGAGAUCAGUACGUUUCCCUGAUGUCAGACUCUUGCCCGUGCACAGACGCAGAUUUUGAGUGCGACUAUGGGUUUGAGAGGCAGACUGACGGGAGCUGCACGCCGGCUUUCUGGUUCGUCCCUUCGGCGGUAUCAAGGGACUGCAUCACGGGGGAGAGCUUCCUCAACACCACAGGAUAUCGCAGGGCUCUGUCAAACAACUGCACUGAAGGAACUCUGCUGAAGUACAGCCCCAGGCGUCAAAAGUGUCCCACUCAGGCCCCAAGGGGUCUACAGCUCUUCACCAGCGAGGGAACACUGGUGGCAACCCUGGGGAAGAAUGUCACCUUCUUGGUUUUUCUGGAAGAGGGCCUCGGCUUCACGACGAGUAUAACGGUGGACUUUGGCGACGGAACGGCCAUAUCCUACGUCAACAUAAGCUCCAUCGAGGACGGGGUCAAGCACAUCUACAGUAAAGUCGGCAUUUACCAGGUCUCUGCGACAGCGAGCAACACGCUGGGCUUUGACAGAGUGAUUCUCUACCUGCACGUCUCCUGUCAACUCGAACAGGUCCAGCUGUCGGCUCCUGCCGUGGUCGUCAAGAACAAAGCGGUAAACUUCACCACAGUGUUACGUCCCGGCACCGUGGGGACCGUCAUCUAUUACUGGUGGUUGGAUAACAAAACAGAGCCGACUGUGACUCUGGACGGAACAAUGUCCUUAAUUUUCUCCAAGAAGGGAAGUUACACUGUUACUGUUCAGGCUUCGGUUGGCAAUACUGUACAUCAGGACCAGAUGACUGUGGCAGUUUAUGAUUAUUUCCGGUCACACGUUUUGGCCUUUUCUUCCAACUUGGACGAGCUGAACCCCGGGGUCCAGGAGUGGAGAGAGGACAUCUGCCGAGUGGUGAAGAACUCCGUGGUUCAGGUCACGGGAAUCAGCGAGGAUCAGCUCCUCGUCACGGUGCUUCCAGGUUUACCGACCACGGCGGAGAUUUUCAUCGUGCCUGAGAAGAGGUCGAGAGACGGAGGAGCCGUGCAUGAAAAGUGGGCGCACCUGGAUCAGCUUUCACAGGUUCUGCUAAGUGCUCUGAACCAGGACCUCGUUCAGUUCACACUCAAGCCGGGGGUGCAGGUUAACGUAUAUGCCACGCGGCUGUCUCCAGCUCCUCUUGUGGACAGCAGUGUGAGCGGCCACAGCAGCACCGCAGUCAUCCUGCUCGUUUCGGGCGCGCUGAUGGGCUUGGCCAUCUUCAUGAUAUAUACAUUCAAAAGGAAGUUCCCCGGCAUCCACACGUACACAGCAGAGCAGCCCGACAAAGAACAAGAGGUCAUCCCGACAGUGGCCUCCAUCGCCAGCUCGGAUCCCGAGGGGGAUAAGCUGACCUCGCUGGAACACGUGGACGUACAGUUGAACUCAAACAGCAGAGGCUACCUGCCAUCUCACACAGACAUCAAGCUCUCUGAUGAAGCGCCCCAUGUGUUUUAAUGUUGAGAGUCUAUGACCGACUCAAAAGCAAUACAUCUUCUUUGGCAGUUACUUCCAGCGAGCGAUGAAACCACGGUCACAAUGAAUGGUCUCGAGUGUUUUCCUACCCAUGCAUGGAUGGACCAGUUCACACUGUGCUGCCUAAUCCCUCUGAGGAGACUGUACAGAUUUAUACUUGCUUCUUGGAAGAGGAAAAAAAAAAAGGGACACUUUUUGACUGAAAAUACUUGUAUUUUUGCAAGGACACCGAUCUGAUCUUUUUAUGUAAAUAACGACGUUCAUAAUGGAGGCAGUGGAAGUCAUUUGUCUCCGCUCGAACAUGGAAAUACCUAAAUGGGCGGCAACAGAAGUGAUGUGUAAUAAUAUCUUUAAAAACAAAUAUGCUUUUAAUCCUGCUCUUUUGGGGGUGUUGUGUUUGUGUGUCUUUGUUUUUCCUGUGUGGGGAAGUUUGCUUAUUCUGAGUGAAGACAGUGAGUGGAGCAGAUUCAUUAAGCCCCCAAGAACAAUCAGUAAAUCUUAUCACAAGCUUCUCAUCAAAUGAAAGCUUGCAAUAUCCAGGAGACGAAGGAGGGAGGGCCUCCAGUCCCCGAUCAGUGCGUUCCAUCAAAUCUGUCGCUCCGCUGCUCCAAAUGUUAUAUACGUAUGUCAUAACAAAAAUAAGAAACAGAAGAUUGAAGAUAGGUACCUACAGCGGACAGGAAGCUCAACAAUUCCUCUUGUUUCGGAGACCUUAACUGGUUUCAGUGAUGCUGGAAUAAUCUGACACGAUACGCCCACUUUAAAAGAGAUUAAACCUACCUAAUUCAUACAUAUGCAUUAUUAUUGCAGUGGAAAUAUUGUAUGUGAUUUGAUUUACAGUGGAACAAAGCAAUGACUUGUACUUUUGUGAUUAUACGUCGCCGGGAGCGUUACUUGUACAUUCUUGUUUCCAGGAGAACUUUUUUUUCCUCUGACAGUCUUGCAGCAGAAUGUCGUGUUUUUGAUGAGUUAAAAGGUCCAGUGUGUAAGAAUUAGUGACAUCUAAUGGUGAGACAUGAGUGCCAGGGGACUACAGUGGCCUUUGUGUACCAAAAAAGGAUGUCGUCGUUAUCAGUUUGAAACUUGGUUCCUUAUUAUGUGAAGUGUCCAUUGGCGUCUUCUAGGGCUGUCACUUUUUAACCAAUUCUGAGCGGGAAAGUUCAAAUUCACACCUUAAAAACUUAUUUGAGUGAGUGCCACUUGACUUGGAUCCACUUUGAAUCCAUCAUAGAAAUAGUGCCGCGUUACAUUUACAGUGAUGUCGCCUCCAAAUUCACCACGUUCCGGAGAGGAGUCCGAAAGACCCAUGGACGCCAGUUGAUCACAAUCUCUACAACGUAUUUGGUGCGCACACAAACAGAGGUGCCAUGAAUGGAUGCAAAUCCGACAAAUUCUUCAAUCCCGUUGAAGAACUUCCGCGUUCCGACUACAAAUGGAGCUCAGUUAUGCUGUAAUGUGUCGAUGUUGUGUUUUUCUGUAAAAAUGCGGUUUUAUGGCAAAUCUGCCGACUCCCAUUUCAGCUUCAAACUUGAUUCUGGUGAAAAAGAAAAGUGACAGCCCCAAGGCCUUUAUAAAUAAAUGUAUCAUCCCUUUAGGGGUCACCACAGCAGAUCAUCCGCCUCCAUCCUGUCCUCUCCCUUGUGUCCUCUUCUGUUACAUCAACUGUCCUCGCGUCCUUCACAGCAUCCAUUAACGUUCUUUGUGGUCUUGCUCUUUUCCUCGUGCCCGGCAGCUCCAUCGCUGACAAACCAUCUCAACCCUGACUCUUUACUUUAUUUCCAAACGGUUCAGCCUGAGCUGUUCCUCAUUAUGUUCGUUUCUUUUUUUAAAUCCUGUCCACUCUGGUCACUCCCAUGGAAAAUCUCAUAAAAAAAGGCUUAUUUUUUUAAUGCUAAAAUAGAUUCUGCCAAUAAAGCCUCGUAAAUGUUACACACUGGACCUUUAAAACUGGUGUUUAUUUAGAGCCACACAUUUAAACGACCGCUUGGGCACAGUUCCAAAAACUUCUCACACCUUUGGAGCGGCUUUGGACUGAUCUCACUGUGAAGGUUGUGGUCCAAAGUCCAUCGCUGAAACUCCACCACUUUUCUUUCAGCUUAAAAAAAAUGGAAACAGCUGUGAGCUCUUCCUCGACUGUUCAUAUUAACCACGAUGAUACCAGCAUCUGCACAUGGCAUUCCCUCAGUUUACAGUUAAAAAAGAAAGCGGAGGAGGUCACAGUGUCUGUUCUCGGUUUGAUCCAGGGGGACUCGGCGGACAAAAAGGCUGCACAUUUGUUCAUCUCCUUGGCUGCGAGGGACACGGAGCCAUAGAGGGAGACGUAUCUCCGGUCUAUAAGGCUCAGCCUACACACAGAGCUUUGGUCAGCUGCUGUUUCUUUGGGAUAAGUACUGAAGUUUUUACUUCAUCAAACUUUUCUUAUUAAGUGCUGUCAGCGUUAUGUGUCAGGAAGACGAAUUGACUACAGGCUGCUCCAUACGUCUCC